AUGGAUCAAUUUCCGAAAAAUUUUCGUCCCUUUCACCCCAAGGAUCCGCCUAGUGGUACGUUAAAUUACGAUCUUGGAGCUUUAAGUAAACAUCAGAAAAGUAGUUUAAAUUCGAGAAAAACUAUUGAGAUAAGAAGAAACGAAAUGUAUUUAAAAAAUCACCCAGAGAUCAAAGGAUUAAUUUCAAUUUUACUGAGAAAUGUAUUACGUAAACAUUGCUCGACGAAUGUUCACGAAAUUAUAGGCGAGUUUUUCAACAGACCACGUCAUCAAAUAGUUUUAGAUCUUCUACGCUAUUUCUUGUCUACUGAACAAGAAUCUAUAGACAAAAAUGUAUUUCAAGGAUUAACAAAUGUUCAAGUGGAUGAAAAAAAAAUUUCGUGUUGCAACGUAUAA